AUGGUACAGAGUUCCCCAAUAAGUGGCGAGAAACAAAUUUUACGCUAUGAAAAUACUAUUCUUCAUAAAGAUUCUAGCGCAAAGUUGGUACAACAAGUUGAUCGCUCUGUUGGCGUCGAGAAGAAGAAGAAGCUGACCGAGUUGUUGGACGAGAUCAACUCCUACCCGGAGUACGAGUUUGCGUACGGCGUGCGCGAUCCCAAGACCGGUGAUCACAAGGAUCAGUGGGAGAAACGGGUUGGAGAUCACGUGCAGGGAGUGUACAUGUUUGAAGAGUCGGACGGAACCCAGCGGAUCGUGGAGUACGAAGCGGAUGACAAGCAGGGAUUCCACGCCAAGGUGACCAACGUGGGCCACAAACAUGCGGAUUUGGAGGGCGUGGUGAAGUCGAAGGCCGGUGGAGUUGCAACCAGCUACAACAUGGUGAACAAGAAGCUAAACUGA